AUGUCUCGCGCCGGAUUAUGGGCAAAGGUCAUUGCCGGUGGCCUUCUCAUGGUCGUCGGCGGUCCCGCCAUGGUUGAAUAUAUCCGCCCGACGGACGAAGAGCUCCGGGAGCGCCGCGCGCAGGAAUUCGACGACUAUGUCUCCAAGCUGAAGGAGUGGUCGAAGUCCGACAAGUCCAUCUGGUAUGCCGCGCAGGAAGAAUUGGAUCGGAAGCAGGCUGCGAUUGAGGCACAGCGCACACAGGCUAAGGAACAGACGCGGACACAACGGGAGGAAAUGCGCAAGGAGAUGCUGGGUGAAAAAUGA